AUGGUAGUCUGGAAUAGCAGUGAUGCUAUGGAGCCCAUAUUCAUCCUGAGGGGUUUUCCUGGACUAGAGCACUUUCAUUCUUGGCUCUCAAUUCCAUUCUGUGUUGCAUACACCAUAGCAUUUAUUGGUAAUGUCACCAUCCUCUCUGUCAUUUGGGUAGAGUCUUCACUCCACCAACCCAUGUAUUACUUCCUUUCCAUCCUGGCACUAACUGACCUGGGCAUGUCCCUGUCCACACUCCCUACCAUGCUUGCUGUGCUAUGGUUGGAAGCUCGGGAGAUACAGGCAAAUGCUUGCUAUGCUCAGCUGUUCUUCAUCCACACAUUCACAUUCCUGGAAUCCUCAGUUCUGCUGGCUAUGGCCUUUGACCGUUUUGUUGCCAUCUGUCGUCCACUGCACUAUUCCACCAUCCUCACCAACAGCGUAAUUGGCAAGAUUGGUUUGGCCUGCUUGCUGCGGAGCAUGGGAGUUGUACUGCCCACACCUUUGCUGCUGAGACGCUAUCACUACUGCCAUAUGAAUGCCCUUUCCCAUGCCUUCUGCUUGCACCAGGAUGUUCUGAAAUUAUCCUGUUCAGAUGCCAGAGUCAACAGCAUUUAUGGACUAUGUGUCGUUAUUGCCACACUGGGUGUGGAUUCACUCUUCAUACUCCUUUCUUAUGUCCUUAUUCUGAAUGCUGUGCUGAGCAUUGCAUCUCGUGAAGAGCGGCUAAAGGCACUCAACACAUGUGUAUCGCAUAUCUGCGUGGUGCUCAUCUUCUUUGUGCCAGUCAUUGGAGUUUCAAUGGUACAUCGCUUUGGGAAGCAUCUGUCUUCCGUAGUUCAUGUCCUCAUGGCUGACAUCUACUUGCUUCUUCCCCCAGUGCUUAACCCUGUUGUCUACAGUGUCAGAACAAAACAGAUUCGUCUAGGAAUUCUCCGCAAAUUUGGAAUUAGGAGGAGGCUUUAG